UGGUGUCGUUUCCCGCAGCAGCAAAUAAAGAAAAAGAAGCAGAAGUGUUUGUUUACCAGCAAAACUGAACAGUGCUUCCUCCCAACAUUGUAGUUUUAGGACGAUUUAUAUCAGUACAAAAUAAAUGCAAGAGUCAGAUCAAUGGCAAAGCGAAAUAUUGCAUAUAUAAAACCAGAGGAACCUGAUUUCCUCAAACGAAUGAAAGCACAAAUUGGAUAUCGUGAAGGACCUACGGUCGACACCAAGCGACAACAUAUACAGAAUCUUGAAGAUUCCGAGGAUGAGGAUAGAGAAGAACGGGAAGAUGAAAAACCUCAGGUAGUGGUUUUAAAGAAUGGCGACUUAACGGCCGAAGAAGCCGCCAAAAUCGAAAAAGAGGAAUCUGAAAAACCCGCUGAUCUAAAUCAAAGGGUCGUGUUUAAAUCGAAAAAAUCUAAGGCUGGUGGCAGCGUAGACGACGAGCAGGUACUGGAUCGCAAAUCGAAAAAGAAUAAACAACAAGAAGCCAAAAGCAAGCUUUCUUUUGGCGAUGACGAUGAAAAUGAGGACGAUGUGUAGUACGUAUGAUAAGAAAACUUAAAAUCUAUUUUACAAUAAAAAAAUAAAAAUGAAUAAAAAGUUAAAAACUUA